UAACAUGUGGGAGCCAGUUUCAGACUUAUUUCCUAUGACUAGAGUAGUACUAGUAACGCUAUUGUAUAAUUAUUUUUGAUCCUAUUAAACCCAAUAUUUCCCACACAAGAAGGGAAGAGGUGGUUGGUAAAACUCGUGGUGCCUAGCGCCGCAUACGUAUUCACCCAACUUUCAAGUCCUGCACCCACCAUUAAUAAUUGUCCACCUAUCUGUCAAUUCACGUGCACAAUAUAUGUGUGAGCGUGUGUAGCUAUACCCAUACACACACACACAAGCGAAAAAAUGACUGCACCGCCGUCGGUCACCCAAGUCCAAGUCGACUCCUGCGUGUUUCCGCCGGAGGUCAAGCCUCCGGGAUCCUCCAUGACCUUCUUCCUCGGUGGCGCAGGGGUUAGGGGACUGGAGAUCGAGGGGAAGUUCGUCAAGUUCACGGCCAUUGGCGUGUACUUGGACGGUAGCGCCGUCUCCUCGCUUGCCGCUAAGUGGAAAGGAAAGACCGCCGACGAGCUGGCGGAUUCGGUCGACUUCUUUGGGGACAUCGUAGCUGGUCCCUUUGAAAAGUUCACAAAGGUGACAAUGAUACUGCCAUUGACGGGCCAACAAUACUCAGAGAAGGUGGUGGAGAACUGUGUUGCUUACUGGAAAGCAGUUGGGAAAUACACUGAUGCAGAGUCUGAAGCAACCAAAAAAUUCCUCGAAGCCUUUAGGAAUGAAACCUUCCCACCUGGGGCUUCCAUUCUCUUCACUCACUCACCUCCUGGAUCAUUAACAAUUAGUUUCUCAAAAGAUGGUUCUAUUCCUGAGCACGGGAAUGCAGUGAUUGAGAACAAGCAACUAUCGGAAGCAGUUCUUGAAUCAAUCAUAGGGAAGAAUGGUGUGUCCCCUUCAGCAAAGCAAAGUUUGGCUGUAAGAUUAUCAGACUUGUUGAAGCAGAAUGAAUCCAGUAGUUGAGUAAGACCCCAGGAAGUUGCUGCUGCUGGAGAAGAUAAGGAGAGUGACACAGCAAUGUUUCUUCAACUUGUAGCAAAUAAAAGUAGAAUAUAGAUUGUAUCUGUUGUUAUCAUACAUAGUUCUGUCUCUUGAAAUUUCAAGACAAGCUGAGUUCACUUAUUAUCUAUAUCAGUGAAUAUGAAAUUGUUGUUGUGCAA